AUGUCUGGGAAUCGGAGUGGACCUGAGAGUCUAAGGAGCAAUGAGAUAGAAGAGGAGGACGAUAUGUCAGACAUCGAUCCUAACGCAGAUAUGUGGGUUCAGAUGUUGCACCAACAACAACUGAUGCAUCGACAAUAUCAGGCGCAACAGGCGCAGGCUGAUAGACAUCAUAGGGAAAUGAUGCAGGCCCUUCUGCAGCAGAGAGGACAGCCACAACCAGAAGUAGCUCAACCACCCCCGGCUCAGCGGGGAAAUCCUGCGUACCGGGAAUUUUGUAGGAUGAACCCUCCGACCUUCGAGGGUCAGUAUGUACCAGCAGAAGCAAGUGAGUGGCUGUUUCGCAUGGCAGAGAUGUUGGAGGAUGUGGAUGGUACUCAAGCCGAAAAAGUUUCCUUUGCUACCCGCUUAUUUCGGGGGGCAGCUCGUAAUUGGUGGCAUGGUACCAAGGAGUACAUGAUGACAAAUGCUAUAGAGAUGAACUGGGAGAAUUUUAGUAGGUUGUUCAUGGGUCAUUAUGUGCCGGAGAGUUACUCAUUUCAAAUGGGGCGUGAGCUGGGAGAACUUAAGCAAGGCAGUUCCACCGUGGCAGAGUAUACUCAGAGGUUCAAUGAGCUGAUUCGCUAUUCCUCCGAUGUUAACGGCGUUCUUUCGGAGAAGGGGAAGAUGAACAAGUACCGUUAUGGGUUGAGGGGAGACAUUGCCCAUGCGGUGUCUUUACAAAAUAUUGCUAAUUUUGCAGACUUAAUUCAGAAGGCGUAUUCAGCCGAAGCGACGAUCGACUUUGCUAACAAAGAGAAGCAGGCUGCGUACCAACAGAGAAAAGAAUCGGGAAAGUUUAAGCAACAUUUGAAGGCUAAGGGUUCUCCUAGCAAGGGAAAGCAGACUCACUCACCACAAUCCCCUAGAACUUGCCCUAAGUGUGGUAAUUAUCACGGUGGUGAAUGCAUGAAAGGGAAGGGAAUAUGUUAUUUUUGUAAGCAACCGGGGCACAUGAAGAGUGACUGCCCUAAAUGGAAAAGCGUGGGUGGUGCAGAAGGCACUACAAUUAGCAAAGGAAGAGUCUACACCAUGGAAGGAGAGAAAGCUAAAAGCGACAACAGUUUGAUUGCGGGUAUGUGCUUAAUUGGUCAAUCUAAUGUGUUUGUAUUGUUUGACUGCGGAGCUACCAACUCCUUUAUUUCUGUUAACUGUGUGAAGCGUCUAAAUUUAGAAUCCUCCCCACUGAUUCCUCCGAUGUCAGUAUCAGUUGCCACUGGCGGAAGAGUUAUAUCUAAGCGAGUAUGUCAGAGUUGUCCCAUCACUGUCACCGGAAAAACUUACUUCGUAGAUCUCAUAUGCUUACCUAUUAGUGAUCUCGAUGUCAUUUUAGGCAUGGAUUGGCUUUCUGCCAAUUCCGUGUAUAUUGGGUGCGCUGAGAAGAGCAUUUAUAUGCCAACCGAGAACACCGCUGAAGGUGUAGCAUUAUCAACAUUACUACAGAACACCCACCAGAUGAACCUGUCCUGA